CGGGGCAGCGCCUCUCCUCGCAGCCCAACCAUCGGAGCCCAUCAACACAACACGCACACGCUCUCGUCGGCCGCGUCGCACCGGAGAAGAUGUCGUGGUUCGGGCACCACCACAACCAGCCGGCUCCCCCGGCGUCGGGCCCCAACCAGGUGUUCAAGAUCUUCUGCCGCGCCAACGAGAACUACUGCCUCGCCGUCCGCGACGGCAACGUCGUACUCGCCCCGGCCAACCCCAAGGACGAGCACCAGCACUGGUACAAGGACAUGCGCUUCAGCACCACGGUGAAGGACGAGGAGGGCAUGCCGGCGUUCGCGCUCGUCAACAAGGCCACCGGCCUCGCCAUCAAGCACUCCCUCGGCCAGUCCCACCCCGUCAAGCUGGCGCCGUUCAACCCGGAGUACGAGGACGCGUCGGUGCUGUGGACGGAGAGCAAGGACGUCGGCAAGGGCUUCCGCUGCAUCCGCAUGGUCAACAACACCCGCCUCAACUUCGACGCCUUCCACGGCGACAAGGACCACGGCGGCGUGCACGACGGCACCACCGUCGUGCUCUGGGAGUGGUGCAAGGGCGAGAACCAGAGCUGGAAGAUCCUGCCCUGGGGCCCCGAGGCGCACUCGCCCGCGGCCGGCCCAGGCAACGCCUCCAUCGGGGGUGUCCCCGUGCACACCGUGCGCGUCUUCUGCAAGGCCAGCGAGGACUACAGCCUCACCGUGCGCAACGGCACCGCCUGCCUCGCGCCCACCAACCCCAGAGAUGACUACCAGGCACUCUCUCUACCUUUGCUUGUACCACAAACAAACUGAUCAGUGAGCUGAUAAGCAUUUGUGUUGCUUUCUCUCUAACAAUGAUCCGAUUCCGAUCUGUUUGGAUGGUGUACGUGUGCAGCACUGGAUCAAGGACAUGAGGCACAGCAACAGGGUGAGGGACGAGGAAGGAUACCCGGCGUUCGCGCUGGUGAACAAGGUCACCGGCGAAGCCAUCAAGCACUCCACUGGGCAGGGCCACCCUGUGAAGCUGGUGCCGUACAACCCCCAGUACCAGGACGAGUCGGUGAUGUGGACGGAGAGCCGCGACGUGGGCGACGGCUUCCGCUGCGUCCGCAUGGUGAACAACAUCUACCUCAACUUCGACGCCUUCCACGGCGACAAGGCCCACGGCGGCGUCCACGACGGCACUGAGGUCGUGCUCUGGGAGUGGGCCAAGGGCGACAACCAGCGCUGGAAGAUCCUCCCCUGGUAGAUGGUGAUGGUGGACGACCUGCUACAUAAUAAUGCUGCGAUCUAAUAAAACCGUGUGCGAUGUAGCACAAAUUUCGGAAUGGUAUUUGUGUCAGACUGUUAGUGAGCCCGGCCCGGUUUUAUUAUGUGAGAACGAAUUGGCUGAGUAUUCUGCAUGCGUUCUGAUGUAAUCCGUCUGGCUUUCUUUCGAUACCGGUGCCUGUACUCUCAACUCUGUAUGUAUCAUCUCCUUUCUUCUACUGAAUGAAUGGAGUUUCGACUUUUUGCA